AUGAGGGCGGCGCAGCUCCUCCUCCUGGUGAGGGAGGUGGUGGGGACCGCCACGUGCUCGGUCAACGGCGACUGCUCUCCUGAAGGCUCGUUCUGCUACGCUCCCACACACGAGUGCAUCGUGAACACGCCACCGGGCUACUAUGCUCACCCAGAGGAGGUGGGCUUCAGCAUGUGCCCAGUGGGGUUCGUGGCGCCCCACGCGCUGAGUACCGAGUGCACCGCGUGCGAGCCAGGCAGGUACCAGGACGAGGAGGGGCAGACCGAGUGCGAUUGCAUCCCAGAGGGCUACGAGGCGAACUCGCAGCGGACCGCCAUCGUCAAGUGCCCCAAGGGCAAGGCCAACCCGGCGGUGUGCAGUGACGGCGGCGAGCACGGCUCUCCGUGUCACAUGUGUGCGGCGGGGAGGUACGCGCCCGAGGAAGGCAUGCACCUUUGUGUGGACGUCUCCGCUGGCUUCUACGCCAGCGAAGAUCGCACCGAGGAGGUGGAGUGCCCCCCUGGAACGUUCACGUCCGAGCAGGGCGCCUCGGAGUGCUCGGCGUGCGGGGCUGGCAGGUACACCAGCGUCCUGGCCUCAGUGGAGUGCACAUGCGCGCCCGUCGGCCACAGGCCCAGCGAGAACGCCACCUCGGUGGAGCCCUGCGCCCCGGGCUUCUACCAGGACAAGGCGUGCCAGGCGGAGUGCGAGGCCUGUCCCGCGGGCAAGUACAUUGGCUCCGCAGGCGCUCACGACUGCGAGAACGCGUCCGCAGGCCAUUACCCCAGUGCCGACAAGAGCGUUCAGGUAGCGUGCGCGAAGGGCACGUAUCAGGACGAGAAGGGCCAGGCCUCGUGCAAGACGUGCGCGGCUGGGAAGUUUACCAACACGACGGGCUCGCACGCAUGUGCUUGCUCGUCUGCUGGACACGCCCCGUCCGCGGACUUUACCAAGCAGGUUCCAUGCAGGCCGGGCACGUAUCAGGACGAGGAGUGUUCAGGUCCUUGCAAGACGUGCGAGGCGGGCAAGUACCACAAGGGCCAUGGGGCUAUGAGCUGCGACCCCGCCCCUGCGGGCCAUACGCCAGCGGACAAUUUCAUUACUACUGUGCCCUGUGAGCCUGGCACUUAUGCACACGAAGUGGGCAUGAGCGAAUGCUUGGCGUGCGAGGCCGGCAAGUUCGCGGACGAGCCGGGCUCCCAUGGGUGCUCCGAAGCCCCCGCUGGGCACUUCCCGAACGAGAACAACAACGACGUCGUGCCAUGCGCUCCAGGCACUUAUCAGAAGGACACGGGCAAGUCGGCUUGCGAUGUCUGCCCGCCGGGCAAGUUCACGGAGGUCGAGGGUUCCCACGCGUGUCACUGUGCAUCCGCAGGUCACCACCCCAGUGACAACCACGAUUCAGAAGUGGAGUGCGAGCUCGGGACUUUCCAGAACGAGACUUGCCAAGAGGAGUGCCGCGCUUGCGCUGCGGGCAUGUUCAGCCCCACCAAGGGCGCACACGAGUGCGCCUGCGCCUCGGCGGGGCACCAGCCUGAGAAAAACGGCAACGGACUGAGCAUAGGCGAGUUGCCCUGCUCCCCUGGCACCUUCCAGGGCGAGACGUGCCAGGCUGAGUGCGAGGAGUGCCCAGCGGGGAGGUUCGCCUCGGCCGAGGGCGCGCACGAGUGCGUCUGCGCCGCGGCGGGGCACGCGGUUGCGGACGACAGGGCGGCGCAGGUGGCCUGUGACAUUGGCACGUACCAGGACGAGGCCUGCCAGCCUGAGUGCAAGCAGUGCGAGAGCGGGAAGUUCGCUGACGUCAACGGCUCUCACUACUGCUCCUGUGCUGCUCUUGGCCACCAGCCCACGUCCGACGCGAGCAGUAUGGAACCCUGUCCCAACAUGACGUUCCAGCAUCACCCGUGCCAGCCGAAGUGCGAACACUGCCCGAUCGGGAAGUUCACGAUUGCGGUGGCCUCGGUCCUCUGCCUUGGCGGUGGCGGAUGUGGCGCCUGGCUUCGUGCUGACACCUGCGGGCGAUGGUGA